AUGCCUAGCUUCCUUGCCUCCCUAUUGCCCGCCUGGGCAGUCAACUUUCUGCCAAUCCCUCCUCCAGAUGUGGCCGCGUCCCUCCCACGCCCAAAUGACAUUCUCAAGCAUCCGUCCAAGAAAGAGUACUUUGCAAAGGUAGCUCCAGGAGGCGUCGACCAAGCUCCCCUCCCGUCUUUCGACCCAGGAGUCUUCGACAAUGAGUUGCUCAAACUCAAGCUCUACGCUACCGUCGAUCCCAAGAACCCCUCGCUUGUGAAUGAGCCCGAGGGAAAUAUCAGAGAGGGGUCAUAUAUGGGCACCCAGGUUGCCCUGACCCAGGCCUAUUCUCGAAUCGAGCAGACUUUUGCGUCACUGUUCGAUGUCCUGGGAAUCGAGUCAACUCUGCCUCGCUACAUCAGUCUAGAGGAGCAGAAGAAGAUGUACCGGUUCACGGCUUAUCCUACCAAUGCCGACGGAACAUUUGCAGACUACCCGCCACAUCUUGAGCAUAUACCCGCAGACCAGAACUUCAACCAGUUCGACAUCUUCGACAAGAUUGGCGUAGUCCAGACCCAAAUCAUCGUUACGAAACUCAUCCCCGAUGAGGAUGGCUUUCUGGGGCGCACCAAACAGUGGCUUCUCGAAAAGGCCCGUGCCGCUGCCUUUGGGGGCGAGCCGGAAAAGGGGCUCAAGAUCCAGGACGUUGUCGACUACAACAAGUUCCACCGAAAGUUUGGCACCGACAUCUCGGGGGGCGGCAACAUAGGAUUGCUCGACGACUGGUUCAGCGACCGACGCUACGCAGACCAGCAGUUCACCGGCACCAACCCGACCACCAUCACCAAGGCUUCCCCAGGGUGGAUCGCCGACUUCUCAAAGGCGGCCAAGGCCGGCGGCUACCAGAAAUGGGUCGACGCGCUCGCAAAGGCGGACCCGGCGUCGUUCUUCGUUCAGGACGGCAGCUACCUCCGCAGGGCCGCCGGCGUGUCGGAUCCGGCAGCCGUGCUGCACAGCAAGCAACCCUCGAGCGACGACAACUGGGCCGUGGGCGCUGUCAGCCUGUUCCAGCUCUACGACGAUGGGAAGCUCCACCCAGUUGCGAUCUGCAUCGACCACAAGGGCAGUAUCGACAAGUCGGUCACCGUGUUCAACUCGCGCAUGAAGCCAACCGACCCGACCAGCGGCGAGAAGGACGACUGGCCCUGGAGGUACGCCAAGACAGCCGCACAGGUGACAGACUGGCUGCGGCACGAGCUGGUGGUGCACUUGACGCUGUCGCACUUUGUCGAGGAGGCCGUCAUCGUGGCGACGAACCGCAGCAUCCCCAUGGACCACCCCGUGUACCGGCUGCUCUCGCCGCACUGGUACAAAACGCUGUCGCUCAAUGCGGCGGCUCGCGCCAGCCUUGUGCCGCAGGUCAUUGUCGACAUCGUGGGCCUCAGCCCGGCGCAGGCGUACAGCUUCAUACGCGAGGCCUACGACACGUACGACUUUGUGGGGAGCUACGUGCCAAACGACCUCAAGCGCCGGGGAUUCCCCAACACCCUCGACGGCCUCGACCACCCGCGCUACCGCAACUACACAUUCGCCAAGAACGUGCUGGCCCUGUGGGAAGUGCUCCGCGCCUACACCAAGUCGAUGCUGCUCCUGUCGCACCCGACGGACAAGAGCGUGGCCGGUGACAAGUACCUCCAGGACUGGGCGAAAGAGGUGCAGACGUCGGCGUUCAUGCCGUCCUUCCCUGACAUCAAGACGGUCGACCAGCUCGUAGACGCCGUCACCAUGUGCAUCCACGUCGCGUCGCCGUUCCACUCGGCCGUCAACUACCUGCAGAACUUCUACCAGGUGUUCGUGGCCGCCAAGCCGCCGGCGCUGUGCCAGGCCCCGCCGACGAGCCUCGAGCAGCUCAAGGCGUUCAAGGAGUCGGACCUCGUGGCGGCGCUGCCCAUCAACCGCCAGCGCCAGUGGAUGCUGGCCGCCCAGCUGCCCUGGCUGCUCAGUUUCAAGGUCGACGACGAGCGCAGCCUGAUGAACUACGCCGUGAGCCAGUGGAAUGUGUACAAGUACAAGAAGGCGCCGGCCGACCAGAAGGUCAAGGAGGCCAGCGAGGCCCUCUACGUCGGCCUCCAGGGCCUGCGCAAGACUUUCUUCUUCAACAGCACGGGCAUGGACAAGGGCAGCAUCCCGUACAUGGUGCUCGACCCGGGCUUCACGGCCGUUUCCAUCUUGAUCUGA